UCCUUAAAGGCGCCAGCCCCUAGCGCCGCGGAUGGCGCAGGCGCGUUCCGGGGGCUCCCGCUUCUUCUCCGAGCGCUGAGAGCCGGGCCGGACGGGCGCGCGCGCGCGCGGACUGUGCAGACAGGGCGCGCGCCGGACGCGGGCAGCUCGAGGGGUCCCGCGGGGCGGCUGGGGCAGCUGGACCGGACGGCUGACAAGCGGGCACCGCGAUGGCAGAGGGCAGCGCCGUGUCCGAUCCUCAGCAUGCCGCGCGUCUGCUGCGAGCGCUCAGCUCUUUCCGCGAGGAGUCCCGCUUCUGCGACGCGCACCUGGUCCUCGACGGGGAGGAAAUCCCGGUGCAGAAGAACAUCCUGGCGGCGGCCAGCCCGUACAUCAGGACAAAGUUAAACUAUAACCCUCCAAAAGAUGAUGGAUCAACCUAUAAGAUUGAACUUGAAGGGAUAUCGGUAAUGGUUAUGAGAGAGAUCCUGGAUUACAUCUUCAGUGGGCAGAUCCGGCUGAGCGAAGACACAAUCCAAGACGUUGUGCAGGCAGCGGACCUGCUCCUGCUGACGGAUCUGAAAACUCUGUGCUGUGAGUUUCUAGAAGGCUGCAUUGCCGCAGAGAACUGCAUCGGUAUCCGCGACUUUGCACUUCAUUACUGCCUGCACCACGUCCAUUACCUGGCCACGGAGUACCUGGAGACUCAUUUCCGAGACGUCAGCAGCACGGAAGAGUUCCUAGAACUCAGUCCACAGAAGCUUAAAGAAGUGAUUUCUCUGGAGAAGUUAAAUGUUGGCAAUGAAAGAUACGUGUUUGAAGCAGUGAUCCGAUGGAUAGCACACGAUACAGAGCUAAGAAAGGUCCACAUGAAGGACGUGAUGUCGGCGCUCUGGGUUUCAGGGUUAGACUCCAGCUACUUACGGGAACAGAUGCUGAACGAACCGUUGGUGCGAGAAAUCGUCAAGGAGUGCAGCAACAUACCGCUGAGUCAGCCGCAGCAGGGGGAGGCCAUGCUGGCGAACUUCAAGCCGCGGGGUUACUCCGAGUGCAUUGUGACUGUGGGUGGAGAAGAGAGAGUUUCCCGGAAACCAACAGCAGCGAUGCGAUGUAUGUGCCCUCUUUAUGACCCUAAUAGGCAGCUUUGGAUUGAACUGGCCCCUUUAAGCAUGCCAAGAAUUAACCACGGAGUUCUCUCAGCAGAGGGAUUCUUGUUUGUAUUUGGGGGCCAAGAUGAAAAUAAGCAGACCCUGAGCUCAGGAGAAAAAUACGACCCAGAUGCAAAUACGUGGACUGCAUUGCCGCCAAUGAAUGAGCCGCGGCAUAAUUUUGGAAUUGUGGAGAUAGAUGGAAUGCUGUACAUUUUAGGAGGAGAAGACGGUGAGAAAGAGCUGAUCUCCAUGGAGCGCUACGACAUUUAUUCUAAAACUUGGACAAAGCAACCUGACCUGACCAUGGUUAGAAAGAUUGGCUGCUAUGCAGCUAUGAAAAAGAAAAUCUAUGCCAUGGGCGGAGGAUCAUAUGGAAAACUCUUCGAAUCUGUGGAAUGUUACGACCCAAGGACCCAGCAGUGGACUGCUAUUUGUCCGCUAAAAGAGAGAAGAUUUGGAGCUGUGGCCUGUGGAGUUGCCAUGGAACUGUAUGUUUUUGGGGGAGUCAGAAGUCGUGAAGACAUCCAGGGCAGUGAGAUGGUCACUUGCAAGUCUGAAUUCUACCACGAUGAGUUUAAAAGGUGGAUCUACCUUAACGACCAGAAUUUAUGCAUCCCUGCCAGUUCUUCUUUUGUUUAUGGAGCUGUCCCCAUAGGAGCCAGUAUUUAUGUUAUCGGAGAUCUCGAUACAGGUACCAAUUACGACUACGUGCGUGAGUUUAAAAGAAGCACAGGGACGUGGCACCACACCAAACCGCUCCUCCCGUCCGACCUCCGCCGCACCGGCUGUGCAGCCUUACGUAUUGCAAAUUGCAAGCUUUUCCGCCUGCAGCUCCAGCAAGGCCUAUUCCGUAUCCGUGUUCAUUCACCCUGAGGAGGCGGCAGAGCGGAGGCAGAGCUCCUGACCCAGCGCACCAUAACAUGGCUUUCUGCGAGGGGACCAGAGGUGGCAGCGUAUCUCCGGUGGUUUUACUGUAACGCUUAGAAGCCCGCGCUUCAGCUCCUCUCGGGGAGAACCCGUAACUGUCGAAAAAGCUCCCUUGGAGGAAUCCGUUCCUCCAGGUAGAUGUGUCUGCAGACAAACGGAGUAACUAUCCGGUAGAGGCAAAGGGAAGUGGGAAUCGGGGUCAUGUAAAAUAUCGAAGUUAGCGUACUAAGGUGCAUUCUCCCGGAAGGGGACUCCUUUCCGAGCGGCUGCUGUGUCCCAGUACCUGGCUUUGGGAAACAACAGAAAUCCGUAUAUGCAAAUCAACAUAUCCAAACAUACCGAGACUGCGUUCCUGCUGCACUUGGAAGGAAAUAUCAUGCCUAACCCUGCCCGACAGAUUCAGGUUUGUGCCUAAGAUGUUAGAUUGGGCCAGGUAGUCUCCACCUACUACUAGUACUGUGUCCUAAGAAUCUUUUUUCAACUAUAUUAUCAUGAAUUGAAACUAAGAUAAAAUUUCUCCCUCAUGACGUUCUAUCUUAGUAAUCUAAAGGUUCGAUAAAUUGAUGAGUCAGGUUGCAGCCCUCGUGCGAGUUUAAAGGCAGUUGCUAGCUUCUGUGUUGACUUAGAUACGUCAUGCCAUAAUUUCUGGGGUAGUUCUCUCGGAGCUGUGAAGGGUCUCGUGCCGUGCCGUUCGUUCUUCCUGUUCAAUUAACCAGAACCGUUUUGUAAACACGAGGAGAUUAGCAGAGUAAGGGAUGUUACAGAAGGAAGACCCGAGUCAGACAAGUGACCAAGGUCUGCUAUGGCUACAAAAGCUGUCCAGACAAAAUCUAUAGGGAUCAAAAAACUUUAAUCUGUCUGAAAGCACACAGAGUCUCGUUUACUACUGUUUCGGAUUGAAAACCUGUCUUAGAGCGCGAACCUGCAUUAAGAAUCUAGUCUUUGUAGCAGAAUUUUCUCGAUGCCGUUCACUAGCAAGAGUUUUAGACCAAUUACGUUAUAAGUAAAGUUUGGCUGGUAGAAUAAAACUACCUCAACUUAAUUUCAUUCUGUUCAUAGUAGAGCGAAUUCAUCUCUUCUCCGCUUCUCCGCUCUCCUACCUUCCCUUGUCUCCCCAUGCUGCCGCCCUUCCCAUCGCGGGGAGAAAAUCUGUCAUUAGUAGCACUUACCUUGUAAGAUACUUUUUUGUUUUCCAUUCAAAUUACGCCACCUUAGUGUGAGAUCAGGGACUUCCAAGUGCUUGAUUACGUCAUAAUUUGAAUUUUAUGUAAUAUCAGGUUUCUAAUCAAUUUAAUACAGAGCUCUUCAAUUUUAAUUGUUUUCUACAGUUUCCACCGCCCUCAGUAAAUGGCUGUAAGAAGCAGUAUUUUGUCUUAAUGAUUAAUAAAUGUAUAAAUGUA